CCCCGCUCCCGCCCCGGAGCGUGUGGGUGAGCGCCACAGCGCCGCCGUCCCCUGCGCUUCUAGGGAGACGGGCCCCUGGGAGCAGCAGCCGGCGCGCGUCCCCGACGGAGGGGCGCGCGGGGCCGGCCUCUCGCAGCCUCCCACCGCCGACUCGGAAACCCUGCCGCCGCCGACGCCGCCUCCAGGGGGCGCUGUCGGACCGGCCCACGUUCCAGAGCGCCAUCCCCUCAGUCUGGCCUCCCCCGGAUGCUGUGGAGCACCGAGAGAACCGGCCGCACGGCUAGAGAGGCGUCUCCCAGGAGCCUCCCAGGUCUCCGCGCGGCGACCAGACACUUCCCUUUCCGGCUUCUUAUUCCGGAAGCAGCGCUGAGGCGGCGUGCGGGGUCGUGCGGCCUUUGUCCUCUUCCACCAUGGCGUACCGCGGCCAGGGUCAGAAGGUGCAGAAGGUGAUGGUGCAGCCAAUCAACCUCAUCUUCAGAUACUUGCAAAACGGUUUUGAUGAGUAUAUGAACCUCGUAUUAGACGAUGCGGAAGAGAUUCAUUCUAAAACAAAGUCAAGAAAACAACUGGCCCUAGACCUCUCUCAGCCUAUUCAGCAUUUCUACUGGAAUGUCCCACAGGCUUCUCGAUGUGAGAAGACCAGAAGUCAGACUCAGUUCCCACCCCUCAUACUAGAGCCAUUUCAGUGUCCCUGCCGUGGUGAGUGGCACCAGCUUCCAUUCAGUUUACUCAUUGAUUUCUCUGCAGCCUCCUCAUCCCCCUCCAAUUUGCUCUGUGGCCUGCAAUCAUCUUUUAAAAACAGCUGCCUCACCUUGUCAUCCCUCUGCCUGAAAUCCUUUCAUGGCUUCCUGCGCUCGUAGGAUAAGAAGAUCUUUAAUGUGUUCUGCAGGCUCCUUCUUGAUCUGGCCUUAUCUCCCUCUGCUCUGUUUUGUGUGACUCUGCUUUAUUAUCUGAGCUUUAUCCUCACUUCUUUCAGUUCUUUGAAUCUGCCACCACCACAUGCCCCACCACAGAUCUCAUAGAUCUUUGUAUAUCCUGUUCUUGUGUCUUUAGGACUCAGAUCAAAUAUCACUCUCUCCCUGGGUUUGGUUUGGUUUUGCUUGGGGUGGGGCUGGGGGAGGUAGGGUGUGCUGUGCUGAGUUUGUAGUAAAACAUUCAUUAGUGGGAUUAUUUUAUUAAUGUCUCUCCCACUGGACCAGAUGCUCCAUAAGUGCAUGAGUCCUGUCUUUUUGGCUCCCUGAUGUGCUCAGUGCCUUGAGAACUCAGUGCCUGCCAUGUAGUAGAAACUCAAAAAUAGUUGAAUGAUUAACGCAGUUUCUUAACCUAGUUAAGAAAAGUUAAGGAAAAAUCCUAAAGACAACAGGUCUUUAGGAUUCAUGGCUUCAUCAAGACAAACUAAAUCAUUUCUCUGAAAAUCCCGUUAAUUUGAUGUGUUUAAGCAUUUUGUCUUCACUUGUGUAAUGCCUCAGUUCACAGCUCACUAGUACUUUGAUCAGUGGUAAGUUUCAGGUAUCUCUGUUUUCCCAGACUCUUGAGGAUUCUUUUGAGCCUAUACUAAAUAUAUCAAAAGUAGAUUCUGAGAGGUGGUAUGAUGUUUUGCUAUGCUUCUUCCUGCUUAGACUAUUUUUGUGAAAGCCUAGAUUUUCCACGUUUAAACAUGUUUUGCUGGAAGGGUAAGCUAGCCUUAUUGACAUCAUAUUAUUUAUAAAUUAUUUGCAAAGUGUUGAAUUCCCAGGGUAAUAUCCAUCCUGUAGAAUAGAUAGAUAUUACCUGUUGUAGAAGCCUAGGAAAGUGAAACAAUUUCAUCACUAUUGGGGUUGAUUAGCAUUUCUCAAACUGUCGUACUAUAAACACCAGUGUUCCUGCAGAUGUUUAUAGAUAUUUCUCAGGAAAAAAGUAUUCUCUGCUCAGGUAAGUUUGGGAAAUGUUGAGUAAAACUUUAACAGGUUUGUUUAUUUUAGGAUGAAGUCUUUAAUAUACUAAGAGCUCUAAGAAUGGGGUUAUGGUGUACAGCAUUUCCUAAACUUGACAGACAACUCAUUUCCCAGCUUCUGCAAACUCAGCAUUGAGAAAUGUUGAGGUAGACCUAUUCAGUUGACUUAGUCUACAGAAACCGUACUUUUUAUAAAAUAACAUUUUUCUACCUUCUUUAGGUUAUUGUUGGCAAAGUACAUGUGCUCUAGUAUGCACAGCCUUUCAGUGUAUAGAUGUUGGAAAAUGUUCACGUACUUUUCGUAAGGGAGAAAGCAUUUUCAAAAUUGCUCAAGAAUGAUGAGAAAUUCUGAAGCUAAAAGGUGGUUUUACACUUGUCUGAGUGGCUAUUAAUAGCUUUUUAAAAAAAUUUUGUG